AACACAGUUUGCGUGCGCGCGCACGCCAAAUACUCCGGCCCCACCCUGCUGAAGCCAAAGCCGCGAAACAAGGAGACAACUCCAACCACUUCGUCUCCGCUUGCUCCGGGCUCCGACCAUGUCGCGCUUCCUCCGCCGCGCCGCCCUCGCCUCCGCAGCGGCUGGGGGCCUGUCCUCGGCAGUAUCAUGGAAUUUCUCCUUCCCCUUCGCCCCUCUCCGUCUCUCGGCUUUCCCCUCCUCUUCUCCGUCGGCUCACGACCCCAACGCCGCAACCGGCCACAUCGCCCUCGUCCGCGCGCACCCUGGCCUCCGCGAGCUCAACGCGAUGCUCAGCCCGGCCGCCUUCCUCGUCGACGCCACCCAGGCGCUCCUCGCAGGCGCGCUCCGCUGCGCGCCCAUCUACCCGGGGACGCUCCGCCAGGCCCGCGACUUCCUCACCGCACAGAUCCUAUCCGCGGAGUCGGAGGGCGACGCCGCAGCGCAGCAGGCGGCGUCGGCCCGGAUCAACAUAGCCCUCCUCGACGCGCGCGACGGCCGCCUCGAGGACGCGCUCGACGCCCUCGCGCGCCUCGCCGCGGAGCGCCCCGGCGACACCGCCCCUCGCCUCUACGCCGCUGCGCUCAGCCACGUGCUCGGCCGGCGCGAGGAGGGGGCCCGAUGGCUCAGCGACGCCGUGCCCGACCUCUCCCGUCUCGAGGACAAGAUGCCGUUCGUCGAGGCCGUUCUUGUUGCCACGCUCGGUUGCGCACCACGCGCCGUGGCGGGCUCCGAGGAGCUGGUCUUGGCCACGACGCUCGGGCUGGUCGAGAUGUCGAUGUGGUCCGCGUUCAAGGACGGCGACCUGCCGGAGAGGCUCCAGGUGUUGGCGUUGAUGACAUUCUUGCGGGGCGUCGUGGCGAGAAAGUUACACAAUGAUGAUGCACCAGCACCACUGGAGGGAUCUCAGGGCGCCACGCCACCCCAAGCUACAUAGCUAGGUGAUUAUCGUCAGAAGCCCAUUCGGAUCCAGGUGACCUACUUUCAGAAGAUUCCAUGGUGAAGACUGAAGAUUCGCACUGAAUGGCUAGUCACUAGCUAUUUUGGAACUGUUGUUCGGCGUUUUGAAUUAAAAUCAACAAUCGAUAGUCUAUUGCAAGUUUACUCUUUAACCUUACGUCCUUACCUUUCAGUCAAAAAAGCCUUACGUCGUUACCACAUUUACUUUGAUCUUGAUGCUAUCAAAACAUGAGUGAUAAACUGAUGCAAAAAUACUGGUCAUUCUGAUUCCCCGAUCGAGUAGUGAACACCAAUAUGGCGGCUGUAUGACAUGCUGAAUUUGCAAUUGUUUUUCUGCUCGGA